GAUGAGGAUGAAUACACAAGGUGGAAGCGCUACGAGCCGGUGGCAGAGAAGGACUCACCUAACGCACUUAAUCUAACACAAUAUUGGAUAGGGCUUCGCGAGCAAUAUCCUAACCUUAGUAGGCUUGCAAUUGACGUACUCUCUAUCCUAGCUUUAAGCUGUGAUUGUGAGCGCAUGUUUAGUGAGCUAGGUGAUCUUCUUGAGCCUCGUCGGCGUAAUAUCGAUCCGUAA